AUGGCUUAUGGUCGGUCUGGUGUGUGUCGAAAGAGUCAGAAAGCUUUGUGUUGCCCAUGGUAUUGCCCGAAGUACAUUGAUCACAUGUUUGAGUCCAUCCUCAACGCAGACCAAGCUCCUCGUGCUGUCAAGUAUCUGUUCGACUUCUUUGAUAGUCAGUCAGAAAUGAUAUUGCAGACUCUGGGGCAUGCAUCAAUGUCUGAAAAAGAAACAGGUGAUUUAGCUGCUGCGUUCUGGUCCGCUGCCAUCUGUCGUCCGGAUUUCAUUUUUGAUAUUAGACCUUCUUGCCCUGUGGAGGCCAGUAUUGAAGUCACUGCUCAGGCUUUCUAUGAUGCUCACGAAGCUAGCGAUCAGAAACUCGGCAAGGACUCUGACUUGAAGAAGCUAUUGUUUAAGAAAUACCUUGAAAACCAGAGCUACGCAGAAGGUAUCUAUAACAUGCCUUGA